AUGCUAUCCUCUGGCGAAUAUGUCCUUGCCGAUGCCGAUUUCCAGACUUCGACGCAUGUGCUCGCAUUAUUCGAGAGGGAAGAGACGGAUAAACAAAUCACGGGCCGCAAUGCUUAUUUCAACCAUAUUGCCAUCCCCACCCGAACCAUUCCAGAGCAGGCCCUCGACAUUUUGAGCAGCAGGUGGCGUAUUUUGAAACACGCGCGCGUGUCCACCAGAGUCGAUACCGACGACGAUUUCAUGAAUCUCGUCGUUGAUGCCUGCAUAGUCUUGCACAACAUGCUGCUUGACACCGGCGAUAUUUAUGUUGUCAUUGAUACCGACUCCGAUUCCGUGUCACGACCUAGCUGGGACGCAGCGGGGAAGGGACUGGAAAAGGGAAUUACUACGUGUGGCAAACAUUCCGAGUACGACAUGGGUGACGCCAUCAACAAGAAUGAUGCCGAGGCUGAAGCGCUUUAUGACCGCGCCUUGGAAGCUCAUAGAGAGUCGCUGCCGAAAAGACGAGAAGAGUCUCGAUACCCACAGGGGAGGGGGUAUAAAAGGGAGCUCAUUCUGCCUGAGACUUAUGACCCCAAGCGAUACAAGGUCCCAGAAGGCACGCCUGACAGCUCGCGCCGCCACCAACAUCUGAUCAGUGAGAUGGUACUCAAUGAAGCCUCCGGCUUCGAUGCCAAGGGGUUGGUGAUCUGA